AUGAAGAACAAGCAGCAGGAGCUCUUCCUCGAAGAUCCAAUGCACAGGCUCCUGGAGGUCGAAGUGAACGGAGAGCACACUUUCGUCCUGGCACAAGAUCCUCUGGUCAAUAGAUGUGGACGCCUCGCCAAGAUCAUCCGAGGAACAACGAUUCUCACAGCUUGUCGCGUCAAUGCCUUGCGUGUUGCCUUUCACGAUCUUCCAGGAGGCCCGCAGGCUUUCGAGCUCGCAGCUCGGUUUUGCUACUGGCACUCGAGCGGAUCUCCACGCGGCGGAGGCUUCCACAUUACGGCCGCCAACGUCUCUCUCCUCCGCUGCAUCGCCGAGUACAUGGAAAUGACAGAGGAGUUUAGUCCCAGGAAUCUGAUCAAAGAAACCGAGAACUUCUUACAGAAUUUGGUGUUCUGGAGCUGGAACGAGGUGCUGCUCAUCCUCCGGAGCUGCGAGCCCGUGCUGCCUUACGCGGAGAAGACGCACAUCGUCCACAGGUGCGUCGAGUCCCUGGCCUGGAAAGCCUCCACCAUCAGCUCCACUUGCCAGAGUCCGACGAGCUCCACCUCUCCGGAUUCAUCUUCAAACCAGAGCAGCAGCGCCAACAACAAACGCCUCUCGAGAACUUGGUGGUUCGACGACGUCUGCUCGCUCUCCAUGUAUCUCAUGGAGAGAAUUGUCAAGGCGAUGAUCUCCAACAACAUGGACAACCGGAUCCUGGCCAGGUUCUUGGUUCACUACGUCCAGACCGCGCUCCCAACGCUCGGCUACCAUUCCCACCACCAGAGGUCGACCGCUUCCACCACCAGGGACGAGCACAUCCUCCAGAAGUACACGCAAAAGGUCCAGCGUGAGCUUCUGGAGACGGUCAUCGCACUGCUGGGACACUUAGAUCACGGCUCGGCUCCCUGCUCUUCUCUGUUUGGAUUGCUACGAGUUACUUCGGCUCUCAACUCGGGACGUUCGUGCCGGAAGCAGCUGGAGAAGAUGAUCGGCCACCAGCUGGACAAAGCUUCCCUGGACGACAUCGUCAUUCCACUGCGGCCGACUGGAAGUGGCUCUCUCUACGACGUUGAUCUCGUCCUGAGGCUGAUUGACAGGUUCCUGAGCGAUCAAGACAUCUUCUCGGAGAUGACUUUCCCAACUCCAAUCAACGGUCCUAUCAUGGCUUCUCAGCCACCGUCAGGAUCGUCCUUCCGUAGGGCCCUGACAAAGUUCGAGCACUCGCUGACAAAAGUUGCGGAUCUGAUUGAUAAAUACCUGGUGGAGAUCGCAGCGGAUCCACAGCUUAAGCCUUUCAAGUUUAAGUCAGUGGCCAAAGCACUGCCGGACUCGGCCAGGCUCAUGCACGACGGGCUCUACCGAGCUUUGGAUUUGUAUCUGCAGGUAAGUGUUCUUCUUUCCUGUUGCAAACUCACGUUAGAAGAAGAAACUUUGCAACUAAAAGCUCGCUCACCAUGGAACGUUUGUCGCAUGGAGCAGGCACAUCCAGCAGUCUCGGAGUCCGAAACCAUGGAACUUUGCAAGGUGGUGAAUUACCAGAAGCUGUCGUUCGAGGGAUGCAAGCAUGCUGCGCAAAACCCACGGUUCCCAGCACGAUUGGCACUCCAGAUUCUUCUUCUCCAGCAAGCCAAGCUCAGAGACACCAUCGAUCACUGCUUCUUCAAGGAAGGACUGAGAGUGAGUGACAGCUCGAGAUACAAAGAAGCACCAGUACCUGCGGUGAAUCAUCCUUCCGCCGCUCCUAGCGCUGUCGAUCAGCCAUCGCCCGAGUUUGGACUGAUCAUUCGCCAAAACGAAGAGCUCAAGUCGGAUAUCAACAAGAUGCAGGCCAAGGUGUCGGAGCUGGAGAAGCUUUGCAAGAGGAUGAGGUCGGACAUGUCUUCCAGGAGAACUAGGCGGCUUCUCUGUUGAUCGCAAAGAAUUUUCCUUCUUUUGUAUUCCUUCGAAGUUCCUGCUCAAAAGAAACUCACG